GCAUGCAGUGCAGGAGUGUUGCUCUGCCGUUCUUCCUCGCACUUCCUGAAGUGAGCGCUGCCCAAAUAUGUGGAGUUACAAACAGAGGAAAACAUGUAACGCUCUGGACUUCUGACAGACCAGGACAGGACGUAAUACUCUACUUCAAAGAUUAUUUGCGCAUUGCUGGUGUAAAGCAUGUCCCUGUGGCAAUAUCUUACAACCCUCCUGCUGAUAGCUGUGCAAACAUGUGAAGCGUUCCCAGUACAGAGAUGCCAUGAAUUUACAGAUCUGGACCUCGGUCAUGCAAUCAUUGGCACCAGCCUCAAAGUGAGGUUGUUGCUGUACACUAGAGAAAAUGACACCUGUGGGAUCCUCCUGUCCCACACCAACCUGACAGCUCAUCCCCAGUUUAACUUGUCCAGACCCACCACCUUCAUCAUUCAUGGGUAUCGGCCCACUGGAUCUCCCCCAGUGUGGGUAAACCAUGCAAGGGAGUUACUGCUGGCCAGAAAAGACACGAAUGUCAUAGUAGUGGACUGGAACCACGGAGCCGCUAAUGUCAAUUACAUUAAGGCCGUGGAAAACACACACAAGGCAGCAGACAACCUCACAGCAUUUAUUCAAAAGAUGCAGGAUGGCGGUGCCUCUCUGAGCUCCAUCCACAUGAUAGGAAUCAGUCUCGGAGCUCAUAUGUCAGGAUUUGUCGGUAGCAGCUUGAACGGGACGAUUGGAAGAAUUACAGGUCUGGAUCCUGCUGGGCCUCUAUUCACUGGUAAGCCUCCAGAGGAACGACUGGACCCCACAGACGCUGAGUUUGUGGAUGUUCUGCACACAGACAUAGAUGCGCUGGGAUUCAGACAAGCUCUGGGUCACAUUGAUUUUUAUGCCAAUGGAGGAACAGACCAACCAGGCUGCCCGAAGACCAUCUUUUCUGGAGGAUCCUAUUUUAAAUGCGACCACCAGAGAUCAGUGCUGCUCUAUCUUGACUCUGUGAACUGGACGUGUACCACCAGGGCCUUCCCCUGCUCCUCCUAUGCAGACUUUCUUGAUGGGAAAUGCUUGAGCUGUGAUCGGUUCGGUGCUGCAGGGUGUCCUCUCUUUGGUUACGACGUUAUUCAGUGGAAAGACGUGCUGCUGAAACUGAAACAAACUAAAACAUACUUCACAACAAAUGCAAAAUCUCCAUUCUGCAUGACAAACUACAUGGUGGAGGUGACGAUAUGGAACAAAGAGGUACGAUGGGGAUACCUUACUGUUAAACUCCACGGUGGUGGUAAAGAAGCAGUGGCCACCAUUGACCACAAAGCGUCAAAGUUCAAGACGUACACAGAGACCAAGCUGUUCGCCCACUUUGACCAAGACAUUCAAUCAGUAAAAAAAGUGUCUCUCGAAUUCUCCACCGGGGCUGUACUCCAGCCGAAACGGAAACUCCGCGCUCUCCGAGUCCGUCUCACAAACCUGGAACGCAAAGAAAGGCCUCUGUGCCGAUAUGACGUCCUCAUGGAGGAGAACAAGCAGGUCACCUUCAGGCCUGUUCCCUGUGAAGAAUCCAACUUCUGAGACAAAGUCUGACCCCACAUUCAACAUUUCACUGCCGACAGAGAUUUAACUGACUCUUCAAUUCAUCCAGGACUGUACAGGACUACAAGAAGGACUGCAAAUUAAAAAGCAGCAACCUGUCAGCCAGAUAGUGACUGACGACUGUAUGUGAUUGUUUAUGAGCUGUAAAUGAAAUGUGAUAUACCAUGUGAUGUAUACGAGUUUUUAAGAGAAAUAUAUUUGUAUAUACAUGUUUUUUAAGAAGAAAAAAAAUCAGCUAUAUUUUUGUUUUUUACUCGUAGGAUGAAUGAAACAAUAGGGAUGAUUUUAAGUUAGUACAUUUCAAAAACAGAAUUCAUCUUAUCAAGCUUGUUGAGCAAGUUCAGUAACUUUUUUUGUAAUCUACAGUCCUCCACUUCUGUUUGUCUCUAAAAAAAAAUCACACCAGUAAUAUCAAUUCUGGCUCGAUCAGGCAAACAUAUUCCAAAGUUAUUUUUUUUUGUAGAAUAACAGAUUUCUCAAUAAGACUGAAAAACAAAUAGUAACAAUAGAACAAAAUGCUUGACCUCUGCUUCUGUUCCAUUUGUGUUUCAGAAGAUAGUUCCUCAUUUUUUACAUGUGAUGUCACUGGUCCCUCUAUAUUUAUUUGUAUAUAUGGAUUCAUUUCUUAAUUCUUAAUAAAAACGCAUAUAAACAA